GGCGCAGCGCGGUGAGGGCGCGCGCGGGCGGGCGGGGGCGCAGCCGGCACCAUGUCCAUGCUGCCCACCUUCGGCUUCACGCAGGAGCAAGUGGCGUGCGUGUGCGAGGUGCUGCAGCAGGGCGGCAACAUCGAGCGGCUGGGCCGCUUCCUGUGGUCGCUGCCCGCCUGCGAGCACCUCCACAAGAAUGAGAGCGUGCUCAAGGCCAAGGCGGUGGUGGCCUUCCACCGCGGCAACUUCCGCGAGCUCUACAAGAUCCUGGAGAGCCACCAGUUCUCGCCGCACAACCACGCCAAGCUGCAGCAGCUGUGGCUCAAGGCGCACUACAUCGAGGCGGAGAAGCUGCGCGGCCGGCCCCUGGGCGCCGUGGGCAAGUACCGCGUGCGCCGCAAGUUUCCGCUGCCGCGCUCCAUCUGGGACGGCGAGGAGACCAGCUACUGCUUCAAGGAGAAGAGUCGCAGCGUGCUGCGCGAGUGGUACGCGCACAACCCCUACCCCUCCCCGCGCGAGAAGCGCGAGCUGGCCGAGGCCACGGGCCUCACCACCACGCAGGUCAGCAACUGGUUCAAGAACCGGCGGCAGCGCGACCGGGCAGCCGAGGCCAAAGAAAGGUACGAGGAGAACAGUGAAAACUCCAACUCCAACAGCCACAACCCGCUGGCUGCGUCGCUGAACGGCAGCGGCAAGUCGGUGCUAGGCAGCUCGGAGGACGAGAAGACGCCGUCGGGGACGCCGGACCACUCGUCGUCCAGCCCCGCGCUGCUGCUCAGCCCGCCGCCGCCGCCCGGGCUGCCGUCCCUGCACAGCCUGGGCCACCCUCCGGGCCCCAGCGCCGUGCCCGUGCCCGUGCCGGGCGCAGGCGGCGCGGACCCGCUGCAGCACCACCACGGCCUGCAGGACUCCAUCCUCAACCCCAUGUCGGCCAACCUCGUGGACCUGGGCUCCUAGAGCCCCGCGGCCUCGCGCGCUGGCCUUCGCGGCGUGGCGCUGGGGACCCGAGAGGCGGUGUCGGGAGGGCGCCCCACCAGGUACUGAGAGACCCGCGCGCUGCCCAGCAGAACCGCCGGCCCGGGCAGGGUGGACGGCGCCUUGGUCUGGUCUGUGUCCGGGAUUGGCUUCCAACAAGUUGCUCCUGGGAUCCCUCGGAGGCCUGGGACCGGGCCUUGAACCGGGGAAGGGAAUAAAUUAUACACCGUUCUCACACUCUCUCUCUCCCGACCUUCUCACCCCUUCUUUCCUGUUCCUUCCCUCUCCUUGCCUCCCUUGCUCUUUUUUUCCAGGCCCUUCCCUUCCAUCUCUCUUAUCCUGUCUCCCUCCUUCUUGCUUUCCCCGGUUUCCCGACCCUUUGUAUUUCUGGCUUGUCACCCCUCACCACUUUUCCUUUUCUCUAUUUCUGUUUUUCCGUCUCUCCUCUGGCAGCCCCUUGCGCUCCUGGCCCUCGGGUCUGUACCCCCUCAGCCUUCCUCCUCCCCUCUGGACACCGAUUUGCGUCCUCCGGCCUCACUUUCAGGGGUGGACGCGGCAGGGGGGAGAGCAGAGGAACCAGGCCUUCCCCAGAGGCCCUCCCCGGGGUUCAGCGGGGCUGCAGGUGUCAGCUGUGCGCCUAGCGACUUAAGCGAAAGAGAAAGGACCACGCACGGCGCACUUGCCUCUCUUUCUCUCUGUGAGGCCAUGCUCUCUCCUCUUCCUCCCGGGACUGUGGCGACAGUGCUCCCGGCAGAGUGUGCCUCCCCAGCCGCGGACUUGCCGUCUCCCUGUCAUGCCCUCAUGUGAAUGUUCUUCGGGAAAUAUUUCUGCUUUUAUUUUAUAAUAAAAUUAGAAAUCAUAAAUAUA